UCUGGCUUGUCAUGCCAGCACAAUAACCACAACAAUUCCCAACGUCCCGAGUCCUGCGUCCCGAGUCUGACCUUCGAAAGCCUCACGCAGACUUCAAACUUGACCCGAGUCUUUGCCUGUUCGCGGCAUUGGAUCGUUGGCCGUUGCUGUCACUCCAGGGCAGGGCUUUCGAUUCUUUUCAACUAUAUCAACCGUUCGAGGUACAACACAAGCAAAUGGCGAGCUCAUCAGACUCCCUACUCGCCAGGGUAGAGGCUGGUGCAUACAUAGAAACACUCCUUGAGCCAUCAGCAAGAACCCUCGUCCAGUCUUUCACCACGACACUCCUCGGCUCCAAUACCGUCCCACAAGGCCCUCGAACCGAAGACGAGAAGGAGAAGGAGAAGGAAGAGAAAGAAACUGGGGGAAGCGAGCCCCCAGCAGCCGAAGAUGAACUCGCCAUAGGCCUCGCAGCCUUCAACGCCUUCCUCCAAAUCAACGUCACGGGUCCCGCCCUCGAACCCGCCGCGAAAUCCAACCUCACAUCGUCCCUCUUUGCCUCGACCGCCGCGGAAUCGAAGCGCCUCCGCGCGUCGUGCAUCGCCUCGCUCGAAGUCGACGGCGUCUCCCCUUACCCUUACAUCCCGCACAUCGAGCUCUUCGCCUUUGCGCGCCACGUCGUCCGCCGCUCGACCGCUCCCGUGUCCCGACCCAUCGGCGGCGGCCGCGUCUCCCUGGCCUGGCUGCGCCUCCGCGUCCUCGUGUGGCAUUUCCGCCUGCUGGCGCAGCCUUCGCUUUCGGGGACGCACUUUUCCAAGGCGGCGCAGUGGAUCGACGUGCCCUCGCUCGCCGAGGAGAUUGUCGACGCGCUGGGGGUGGUCAGGGCGCAGCUUUUCGGAGAGGGGGAGGGGGAGGGGGAGGAUGUUUGGGAUUUGACGGGCGAUGCGGCGGGGGUGUGGUCCCGCGAGGAGAAGGUGCGGUUUUUGCUGGAGGCGGCGAAUGUGCAUGUCAUGCUGGGGCGGGAUGAUCGGGCCCGGGAGGCGGUUGCGGAGGCGGCUAGGCUGAAUGGCUUCGCUUACGCACUGUCGGGUGCGCUGGGGAAGCGGACGAGGUGGCAGGAGAAGAGUACCAGCCAGUUGGUGGUGUUGGCCAAGAGUGGAGUUGGUGACGAGGGGACGGACGAAAACGACGAGGAAGAAGAAGAGGCAGAGGCUAGACCGGAAGCGCUGCUUCUGAACGACGACACCUUGCUCGAGAACAUCGAGUUUAGUAACAAGGGGACCAACGGGACGAACGGCCAUGGCUCGGGAGGAGAGUCGACGUUGCCUCCCGUUCUGGCCGACUUGAGUCCCGACAACCAGCCGCAGCUCUCGCCGCUGGAUCAGAUCAUCCUCUUGACCGAAGCGACCAUCAAGGACUCGUUCUCACCGGUCGAUACGCUGACAUCCGAGGAGGUUCUGCCGUAUGCCGUCCGCGUCAUCACCGACAAGUCGACCAACUGGCAGGUCUAUACCCAGGCAUUGCUGGUGAGAUCGCGAAUCGAGGUGCAUCGCAGCCGCACCAUCGAAAGGGGUGUGCUCCAGAUGCAGGCCGUUGUGGACCAGGUCAUUGUCGACACCGACACCGAGCAGGCUUCCCAGUCGUCUUCCUCGUCGUCUUCCUCUGAUCCCGCCACGACCAGCGGUUCUGACGAAACGAAGGAGGCAGACGUGCCAGCUAUUGCCAUCACCGCGCCGGACCAGCGCGAACAGCCCAAGCCGGCCGUUGAUUCUUCUUCUUCUACCGACACCGACAAACCAACGUCCUUCUUCCCGGCGCCACAACCCACCGAAUCUGCUCCCGCUCACGUCCGUCUCGACUACAUCCACGCCCUCGCCUCCCCACCCCGCUGGCACCUCGAGUCCGAGCUCGCGUACUCCUGGGUAGGCGUCGGCUCGCUCGUCUCCGCCCUCGAGAUCUUCAAGCGCCUUCGUCUAUGGGCCGAAGUGGCCGUUUGUCUUGCCAGUGCCGCCAACACUGCCGAGGCCGACGGCUCGGGUCGCGGCAGCGGCGGAGAAGAAAAAGCCAAGGGAAUUAUACGAUGGCGCCUCUUCCACCGAACCGGCACGCAGCCAGGCGAAAACACCACCCAUGCGGACCCGGACGCCGAAGUCCUUCCCGACGACCCUACCCGUCUCGACCCCUCCCUCUUCUCCGGCCCGGAACGCAACCCCCUUCCGCCCAACGCGCCGCGUCUGUUCUGCAUCCUGGGUGACCUCGAAUCCGACCCUUCGCACUACGAACGUGCCUGGUCCGUUUCCAACCAGAGAUACGCCCGUGCCCAAAAAUCCCUAGGCGAGCACUACCUCUCCCAGAAGACACCGGGAGGCCUCGAGAAGGCCCGCGAGGCCUAUGCCGCCGCCACAAGAUGCAACCGACUGAGUCCGGAGCUCUGGUCUCGUUUUGGCGACAUCUCGCUCCGUUUGGGUCUUUUCGACGACGCCGCCGACGCCUACAGCCGCGCCAUCGCCUCGGCCGGCGACCCUAUCGCCGGCGAGGACGCCAGGACCUGGAGCAACCUCGGCAGCGCCCUCUGGAGCCUGCACCUCGAAUCCGUCAAGCUGGCCGCGGCGCAGGGGACACCGAACCUGAAACCGAAACCGAAACCGAAGCGCGACCCGGCCAAACUCCUCGCCCAGUCCCUCUCGGCCUACAAGCGCGGCGCCACCCUCGCCUCCAGCAACUGGCGCAUCUGGGACAACGUCCUCACCCUGGCCUCCCGCGCCCGCCCGCCCGCCUACGCCGACAUGGUCCACGCCCUGCGCAGCAUCCUGCGCAUCCGCGCCUCCGAGACCGCCAUCGACAUUGACCUCCUCCGCGCCCUGGUCCAAGACACCGUCCUCGCGCGCGGCGCCGAGAACGGGGCGGCAGCGGCGGCGGCGGCAAACGCGACAGCAACAACAACAACAACAACACCGUACGAACCCCCGCGCGGCAGCAUCGAGCGCGCCGUCCUCUCCCUCCUCGAAGACGUCGUCGCCCCGCUCAUCACCGCGCGGUCGGACCUGUGGGCCCUGGUCUCCCGCGCGCGCGUCUGGAGGGGGGACUACAAGGGCGGCAUCGACGCCGCGGAGAAGGCGUGGCGCGCUGCGAUGGGGACUGCGUCUGCGUCUUCGGGCUUGUUGGCCGGGUCGUCCUCCUCUUCGACCCCCGCUGGCGGCGCGGAGGCGGAGGGCGGGGCGAGGAAGAGUUGGCUUGAGGAUGCCGAGGCGUGGGAUGAGGUCGUGAGCCGGACGGCGGAAUUGGUGGGCGUGCUGGAGAAUUUUGGGGAGGGGGUCGAUGGCGUUGGGAGUCGGUGGAAGAGCAAGGGCCGGAGUGCGGUGCGCAGUGUGAUGAGCAAGGCGAGGGAUCCGUGGGAGGGCAGCGAGGGGUGGAAGGUGUUGGAAGGGUUGAUGGAGGGGUUGGAGAAGUGAGUUGUCGUGGGCCAUGGGGUGUGGCAGGACAGGGGAC